GGCACCAAAUCCAGGCGCAAAUUUCCUUCCCACCGGAACCCACAGCUAGUCAAAAGCACAAAGCCCACCACCACCACCCCCGCAAAGAUCAAACCCCAAGAAAUCCAAGCACCCGCUACGCUAAUUAUUCCAUCCCAUCCAUCCCUCUCCAUCGAUCCAAAUAUUCCUUUUAAUCUCCCUUUUUUUCCCCAAUCUCGCAGGCCGCAGCAGCUGCUGCACAGCCACAACUACGAGCGACUCGCGCAACACAAACACCAAACAACUCUCCACUCCCACGAAGAAAAACAAAACAAAACAAAAGAAAUACAAAGCCUGAGCCCCCAAGCGAAAAGGGGAAGAGGAAAAAAGGGUUUGGUUUUUAUUAGCUGCACAGAAUGGCAGCAGCAGCAGCGAUCCAAACCCAAUCCCCAGCGCCGCAGCGCGUGGGUAAUAAUCUCCCAGUUCGAGAGCAGUCGCCCCAGCGCCCGUUGCUGUUCCUGGCUCGCGGCUUCCCCAAAUCUCCUCCGCCACAUCCCUAUCCUCCUCCCCCUCCGUUCGUCGCCUCACCCACCCAUCCAUCCGCGCCCGCGGCGGUGUUCGUGGUGUUCAAGUUAUUGCUGGUGCCAUUAUUCCUUUCCUCCUCCCCCCGUUCGGCCGUCGGUGUUGAUAUUCCUUCGCCGCGGAGAUCCGGCCGCACAUCGAUUCGCCUUUUUUGUUUCCACCCCGCGCGGCGACGCGGGGGGUAUAUAGCGACUGUGAGGCAUUUGGUGCGGGCAGACGCUACGAGGUGGGCUGAGAAAAGUUGGAAGUUUCUGCGCGUUGCUUUGGAGGUCGCGGAAGGUGCUCGGAUCUAGGUUUCCGGGCCCCGGAUCGCUGCCAUGGACGCCACCGGCGCCGGCGGGGACGGGGACGGCGCCGGGAAGGCGGCGCCGGAGGCUCCCGCCGAGGCGAUGACCCCGCCUCCGGCGCCCGCGGCGCCGGCCCCGGCCCCGGCGUCUGCGUCUGGGGCGGGCGUGGAGACCUCCGGGUCGGCGGAGAAGCCGGUGAAGCGGAUGAUGAAGACCCCCUAUCAGCUCGAGGUCCUGGAGAAGACCUAUGCGGUGGAGCAGUACCCGUCCGAGGCUAUGCGGUUGGAGCUGUCGGAGAAGAUAGGGCUGUCGGACAGGCAGCUGCAAAUGUGGUUCUGCCACCGCCGGCUCAAGGAUCGCAAGCCACCAUCGAAGCGGCAGCGGCGGGAGGAAGAGGCUGCACUAGCGCCAGUGAUGCCUCCACUGCCAGUGUUACCAACACCGGCAAUACCACUGGCAAGCAGUGACCUUAUGGUGGGCACUCCUGGGAUGUACAAUGAACCACUGCACCCAGCUCACUCACGAAGGGGUGCCGGACGGUCCUCAGCAGUGCCCAGGAUCUCCAUGCCGGAUAUUGGGAGGAGGUAUUAUGAGCCGACACCAAUUAUGAUGGCACAACCGGUGGUGCCAUCGGUGCAGCUCACGCCAUCUGAGCUCCAUGUGAUUCAUUCUGUGGAGUCACAGCUUGGGGAACCACUGAGGGAGGAUGGUCCCGUGCUUGGCACUGAUUUUGAUCCCGUUCCUCCUGGUGCCUUUGGUGCACCCAUUGUUCCGGAGCAACAAAAGCAGCCUGUGCGAUCUUAUGAUACAAAGAUAUUUUCUAGGCAUGAUCCGAAGCUCUUAAAGGCUUCAGCAUUUUUACCUACCAUGGAAACCCCCUUUGUUCCGAAUUCAUUUACGGGGAAGAGAAAAUCAACAGUUGGUAAUCCACCCAUAGUCCAACCUCAUGUUGGAUCACGUGCGGUCCAUGAGUAUCAAUUUCUUCCUGAGCAACCAAGUGAUACAUAUGAGAGGGCAAGCCGAUCUCACUACUAUGACACUCCAGUGGAAAUUUCAAAUUCUAGGAUAUCUUCUCUCACCUCAGGGUCACAACUUCUCCAUGGAUCUGAGGAGGCCGCACCUAGUUAUGCUUUUCAAGGUCACACAUCUGGUUCUGGCCUGUUGCCUCAACCCAGCAGGUCUCAGGCGUUUCCAGCAGUACCAGCAGAUCAUGAGAUGGCUCAGUCUAAUAGCAACCUUAAUUCUGUUCCUGUUGAAGGCCAGUUUGAUAUUUCUCAGGUUGCCGCAUUUGAAAACCCACUUGUAUCAUCUGAAAGAAGGGUUUAUCAUGAUGAAGAUGCUUCUCGAGUGGAAAGAAAACGAAAACAUAAUGAAGAAGCAAAAAUUGCAAAGGAAGUUGAAGCUCAUGAAAGACGAAUUAGGAAGGAGCUUGAGAAACAGGAGAUGUUAAAUAGAAAGAGAGAGGAGCAAAGGCGCAAGGAAAUGGAGAGACUUGAUCGCGAGAGAAGAAAAGAAGAGGAGAGAUUACUGCGUGAGAGGCAGAGAGAAGAAGAGAGGUUCCAAAGAGAGCAAAGGCGUGAACAUGAGCGUAUGGAGAAGUUUUUGCAGAAGCAAUCUAGACGAGCAGAGAAACAAAGGCAAAAGGAGGAAAUGCGAAAAGAAAAAGAGGCGGCAAGGCAAAAGGCUGCCAGUGAAAGGGCUACGGCACGCAGAAUUGCAAGGGAGUAUAUGGAAUUGAUGGAAGAUGAGCGCUUGGAACUAAUGGAAUUAGCUGCACAAAGCAAAGGGUUGCCCUCAACGCAUCUUGACAGCGACACAUUGCAGCAGCUUGAUUCCUUUCGAGGCAUGUUAAGUCAAUUUCCUCCUCAAACGGUGAGACUGAAGGUGCCAUUUUCUAUAAAGCCUUGGAUUGGAUCCGAGGAUAAUGUUGGAAAGCUUUUGAUGGUGUGGAGAUUCUUGAUUACUUUCACUGAUGUUCUAGGUCUUUCUCCAGUUACACUUGAUGAGUUUGUUCAGUCUCUUCAUGAUUAUGAUUCAAGGCUGUUGGGGGAGCUACAUAUUGCUCUGCUGAAAUCCAUCAUAAAGGAUAUUGAAGAUGUUGCUAGGACUCCAUCAAUUGCACUGGGGGUGAAUCCGGGAGGUGGCCAUCCACAAAUUGUAGAAGGGGCAUAUGCCUGGGGAUUUAAUAUACGUAGCUGGCAGCGCCAUCUGAAUCUUCUUACAUGGCCUGAAAUAUUACGGCAGUUUGCUUUAUCUGCUGGUUUUGGACCCCAAUUAAAGAAAAGGAAUGUCGAUGAUUCUUAUUAUCGUAAUGAUAAUGAGGGUCAUGAUGGUGAGAAUGUUAUAUCAACACUCCGAAAUGGUUCAGCAGCAGUGAAUGCUGCCGCUUUGAUGAAAGAAAGAGGUUACACCCAUCGCCGUAGAUCCCGGCACCGUCUCACUCCUGGAACUGUAAAAUUUGCAGCUUUCCAUGUGCUAUCUCUUGAAGGAAGCAAAGGUCUCACAAUAUUGGAAGUAGCAGAAAAAAUUCAGAAAUCUGGAUUGAGAGACCUAACAACAAGCAAGACACCUGAGGCAUCCAUAGCUGCUGCCUUAUCUAGGGAUACAAAACUUUUUGAGAGAACUGCUCCUUCAACAUACUGUGUGAAAUCACCUUAUAGAAAAGAUCCAGCUGAUUCUGAGGCUGUGUUGUCAGCAGCACGUGAAAAAAUUAGGGCUUUUCAAAAUGUCCUUUCUGACUCUGAAGCUGAAAAGGAGGCAGAUGAGGCUGAGAGGGAUGAUGACUCUGAAUGUGAUGACAAUGAUGAUGACCCUGAUGGUGAUGAUGUGAAUACUGAAGUGGAAGAUGACAAGGAUCCUCUUCCUGCUGUCAAGGCACAAGAUGAAGUACCAAUUACAACUGAAGUUGGUGACAUAAAGACCGAGGCAGAUAGUGUGGGUAAUGCAUUGAACUCAUCAAGUAGUUUUACUAAAUCUGCAAAAGGUGUUCCCCUCCCUUCUUUAGGGAAGUCCAUUGCAGCAGAUACUGGUAAUGAAUCACCUCUUGGAGCCUCAUCAGCUAAUCAUGAAGUAACCCCUGACAAUUCUGAAAAUACACAAAUUGAUGAAAGCAAUCAAGUGGAGCCUUGGGUACGUGCACUAGCAGAAGGUGACUAUUGCGAUCUUAGUGUCGAAGAACGCCUUAAUGCACUGGUUGCCCUUGUUGGUGUUGCCACUGAAGGGAACUCCAUUCGUGGUGUUCUUGAGGAACGCUUGGAGUUAGCAAAUGCCUUAAAGAAGCAAAUGUGGGCAGAGGUGCAACUUGACAAGAGGCGUUCCAAGGAAGAAUUUGCUAGCAGAAUGCAAUAUAAUUCUUACAUGGGUUUGAAGGCUGAUAUGUAUCAAGAAAACAAUGCUACAGAGAGCACUUCAACUCCAGCCUGUAAUGCUUAUAAAGAGAAUGAUGGACAUAUGGGAACCAUCAACAAUUGUGAAAUACUUGAUCAGCAUAGUCAAGGUAAUGCUGGUAGUAUAUCUUAUGAGAGAAAUGGUGUAGGCCAGGAAAUGAUGGCAACCCCAGAUGCUUCGUCUGUUCAGCAGUAUGCUUAUGCUGAUAAAACACGGUCUCAGUUGAAAUUGUACAUUGGUCACCGGGCAGAACAGCUCUAUGUUUACAGAUCUCUGCCCCUAGGUCAGGAUCGGAGGGGAAACAGGUAUUGGCAGUUUACAACUUCAGCAUCGCCAAAUGAUCCUGGCUCAGGAAGAAUCUUUUUUGAGUCCAAAGAUGGAUAUUGGAGAGUUAUUGACUCAGAGGAGGCCUUUGAUUCUCUAGUGGCUGCCCUCGAUACACGUGGCAGCCGGGAGGCACAGCUUCAUUCAAUGUUGCAAAUGAUUGAGCCAACCUUUAAGGAAGCCAUUAAGAGGAGAGGUGCAAGUAUAGAACUAUCUACAGGAAGGUAUCCAAAGAACGGGGCUACUGACAUGAUAAGGGCAAAUUGUCAUAGUGGAAGCUCAAACAGUACUCCUUUUAGUGUUGACAGUGCCACAGAAUAUUCUGAUUCUUUUAAAGUUGAACUUGGACGUAAUGAUUUUGAGAAGACAGCUAUCUCAAGAAGGGCAGAUGCAUUUUUGAAAUGGAUGUGGAGGGAAUGCUACAAUCAGGAAUUGACAUGUGCCAUGAAGUAUGGCGUGAAAAGAUGUUCUGAGUUGCUGCAUUCAUGUAAUUUCUGCUAUCAGAUCUACUUAGCGGAAGAAAGGCACUGUUCUUCCUGCCAUAAGACCUUCAAAUCCAUUUACAAUUUUUCUGAGCAUACAACACAAUGUGAAGAGAAGCAGAGAACUGACCCUAACUGGAAGAUGCAAAUUGUGGAUUAUUCUGUUCCAAUAGGAAUGAUAUUGCUCAAGCUGCAGUUAGCUUCGAUUGAGGCAUCGGUACCAUCAGAAGCACUUCAACCAUUUUGGACGGAUGUGUAUCGGAAAUCUUGGAGUGUGAAGCUAUACGCUACCAAAUCUACUGCUGAAGUAUUCCAGCUCUUGACUGUUCUGGAAGGUGCAAUAAGACGAGAUCGCCUCUCUUCUGAUUUUGAAACAACAAGUGAGUGUCUAAACUCACAGGAUGUUGCACCCCAGAAUCCUUUAUUACCGGCCGGAUCUGCUUCUGUCCUUCCAUGGGUUCCUGACACUACCGCUGCUGUCAUGGUCCGAAUGUUAGACCUAGACUCAGCUGUUUCGUACACACAAAAUCAAAAGAUGGAGAGAGAUGGUGGAGGUUUCAUGAAAUUUCCAUCAAGGUAUACAGUUGCUAAGAGCAAACAGGAAACAACUCCACUUGAACCACCAACUGGUUCAGAUCUGUAUGGUGGUGGAAGGUGGCUUCCUGGUAGCGGCCGUAGAGGUCGUGGACGCGGAAGUAGAGGAGGUAGCAGGGGAGGCAGAGGUCGAAGUCGAGGUGGAAGGGUCCCAAGAGGUGUUAGCAGCUCAUCGAGGGUCGAAUUUAAGGAUGACGGUGUUGCUUCUGAUAAAGCGCCAAGGAAGAACGCACGGCGAGGGCGGGCACGUGGUCGUGCUCGUGGACGAGGACGUCGAACUGUUAGGUCUCGGCAGCCAUCUGAGGGCAGAGCCAGAUCAAUUCCAAAGGCAAAUUUGUUAGGAAGCUUUAGCAUGCUUAGCAGUUCAAAGCCUGCUACUGUUGAGGAGUCUCCACGAAGCUCUGGUGCAGAUGAGUGGGGCUUGGAGGCCAGAAUGCCGUACACUGAAGGUGAUGAGAACAGUUCUGGAUCUCAGUCAGAAGAUAAUGAGGAAAAUGGCCAACCCAUGGAUGACGAUUAUGAAGAGCAAGUUCCAGAUUACUCAAUAGGCUAUUCUAGUGGGUCCAGGCCCCAUGGAAUGAUGUCCAUGAUGGACCCUGAAUCUGACGAGGAGGAUGAAGAUGCUGAAGGUGAUGAGAACGCGGAAGAAGAUGAUGCAGAUCAUGCAGUUGAUGAUGCCGACAUUGAGAUGGACGAGGAUGAUGAAAUUGUUGAUGAUGGAGAUGGAGGGGAAAUGAAUGUGGAUGAGGAUGAAGAUGCUACCUCAUAUUCAUCUGACUACAGCGAAUAAGAAUGCAGAAAGAAGGGGCCUAUUCAAGUAAUCUUCCCUCGACAUCUAAUUCAAGUAAUCUUCGCUCGACUUCCCUUUGCGGGUGAAAAAAAGAAAAUCUUAGAUGCUUAAAUUAAAAGGAAUGUAGAUGCUGAACUGAACUGAUGUUCGAUGGGUAGGGGAUGUGCAGGACUGUUUUUUGUCACUGCAGGUUUUUAUAGAUUUUCAGGCGCAGCGUGGCUGCCUACUCGUUAGACGAGUGUUAGAUUGUACGGAGCUAGUUAUGUUGCCGGGGAAUUCCCCCGAGCUGUACAAUGUGCCUGAGGCGAUAUAUUACCAUGUAGCAUUGGUUGCCA